AUGAUCACGAUAACCGAGAGGCGAUACGUGAUAACGAAGCAUCCGAAAAGAUCCAACAGAGUCAAGGAACGAUGCGGAAAGACCUGUGGGACUGUGCAACACGAGGCACAGCAAGAAGACGCCCCUUCCUCUGAUGAUCAAGCAUCUUCUGAAACUGAUCUGCAGUGCUCCCUAGAAAGGUUCGCAGCCGAGUACGACAUGACCGGCAUGCAGGUAGACGCAUCUAAAAUGAAAAGCCUCAUUUUAUCUCGUUCUAGUGAGCGUAAGAUUAACGGAGAGGCAGUGGAGCAGCUGGAGAAGAUCAAGAAUCUCUGA